CGUGACAACAAGAAGACCAGAAUCAACCCUCGCCAUCUCCAACUUGCUGUCCGCAACGACGAGGAGCUAAACAAACUGCUCUCCGGUGUGACCAUCGCCCAAGGAGGAGUUCUGCCCAACAUCCAGGCCGUUCUUCUACCCAAGAAGACUGCUGGAGACAAGGAAUAA